CUAGGUACAACAGCUACUCGUCUCACUACCAAGAGUUCGAAUGCAUGAGGUUGCAAAUGGAAGCACUUCUCCACAAAUAUGAAGUUGACAUUGUGUUUUCUGGUCAUGUGCACGCGUACGAGAGGAUGAAUCGGGUCUACAACUACACGUUGGAUCCGUGUGGGGCCGUGUACAUCACGGUUGGGGAUGGGGGCAACAUUGAGAAAGUUGACGUUGAUCACGCGGAUGAGGAGGGGACCUGCCCUUCUCCAAGUGACAACGUGCCCGAGUUUGGGGGUGUGUGUCACACAAAUUUCUCGUUUGGAGUGGGGAAAGGCGGAUUCUGCUGGGACAGACAGCCCGAGUGGAGGGCAUAUAGAGAGAGCAGCUUCGGACAUGGCAUCGGAACCAGGAUAUCUACAAGGAGAACAGCCGAGGCGAUCAGAUUUACGUCGUUCGACAGCCUGAGCUGUGUUUGGCUGGAUCUAAGGUAG